AGAAAUCAACCCAACAAACAUUCUUUUGCAAACACAAAGUCUUUCCUUUGUUAAUUACAACAAUGACUGCCUCUUCAAUGGCCCUCUCUUCCCCAUCUUUCGCCGGACAGGCAGUGAACCUCUCCCCCGAGAUCAGUACCGCCAAUGGCGGCAGGAUCUCAAUGAGAAAGACCGCCGCCAAGCCUAAGCCCGCUUCGUCCAGCAGCCCAUGGUACGGCCCCGACCGUGUCAAGUACUUGGGUCCGUUCUCCGGCGAGGCACCUAGCUACCUCACCGGUGAGUUCCCCGGUGACUACGGCUGGGACACCGCUGGGCUUUCAGCCGACCCCGAAACAUUCGCCAAGAACCGUGAACUCGAAGUGAUCCACUCGAGGUGGGCCAUGCUUGGAGCUCUCGGGUGUGUCUUCCCCGAGCUCUUGGCCAGAAACGGCGUCAAGUUCGGCGAGGCGGUUUGGUUCAAGGCCGGAUCUCAGAUCUUCAGCGAAGGCGGGCUCGAUUAUUUGGGCAACCCAAGCUUGGUCCAUGCCCAGAGCAUAUUGGCCAUUUGGGGUGUCCAAGUUGUUCUGAUGGGAGCUAUUGAGGGCUACAGAAUUGCCGGUGGGCCCCUCGGUGAAGUUGUCGACCCACUUUACCCAGGUGGUAGCUUCGACCCGUUAGGCCUUGCUGAGGACCCGGAGGCUUUUGCCGAGCUCAAGGUUAAGGAGCUCAAGAAUGGGAGACUUGCUAUGUUCUCCAUGUUCGGAUUCUUCGUUCAGGCCAUUGUCACCGGAAAGGGCCCGUUGGAGAACCUUGCCGACCACCUAGCGGACCCGGUUAACAACAACGCAUGGGCCUUUGCCACAAACUUUGUACCCGGAAAGUGAAAUUGACAUUCAAGAGUGUAAUGAAUUUGGAUUGGCUAAGGAUGAAUGUAAAGUUAUUGUGGAUUAUUGGAAUGCUAUAAUUAAUGUGAAUGUGCUGCAUUCAUAUUAGCAUAAACUUAAAA